CUCGAGAACAGUAUUAAGUUUGAGGUGAAGUUUGAAGAAUUUUGAGAAAAUAUUUGUUAUGUACCUCAAACUUAAUAACAAUCAUUUCAUAUAGGAUAUCUUUGGUUCUAGUAAUAUAUUCUAUAUCCAAUUUGCAUCGGAACUGAAAGAUUAUAUGGUUGACUUUAAAUUCUGAACUUAACCUUUUUAAGGAACUAAGGAAGUAUUUAUUUGAGGAACGAUAUUAAGUGAUUUCUGGUUAAUGUUUUUGGUCUACUUUAUUAAACGGUUAUGUUGCAUAGUAAAUGGAUGUGAUCACUGCAUGUAUAUGUGGGUAAUAUGUAUGGAACUGUAUUGACGAUUGGCUUGAAGUUGUUUGUUGGCUAAACUUUAAUGCUGUUCAUGUUUGGGGAUUUGGUUGCAGAAAUGGAUGUCAACGGGAAGGACGAUUUGAAGAUACCACUUCUGCAACCCUCUGAUGCUGUUGUACUCGAUAUUAAAUCAGUUCGUAGCGUGGAUCAAGGGGUUAGGACCAUUAUGUUUAAAAUAGGCGGUAUCGAAUGUGCAUCAUGUUCAACGUCCAUCGAGUCUGUACUUCAGGAUUUGAGAGGUGUUGAGAGUGCCGAGGUGUCACCACUUCAAGGCCAGGCUGUAGUUAAAUACGUGCCAGAACUUGUUGGUGUAAAAGCAAUAAAAGAAACUGUUGAAGAUGCAGGCUUUGAAGUAACUGAAUUUACAGAGCAAGACAUUGCAGUAUGCCGACUCAGAAUUAAGGGAAUGGCAUGUACGAGUUGCUCUGAGUCAGUUGAGCGUGCUCUUUUGAUGGUUGAAGGAGUGAAAAAGGCAGUGGUUGGUUUAGCUCUUGAAGAAGCAAAGAUAAACUAUGAUCCUAAUGUUAUCAACACUGAUCGCAUCAUUGAAGCAGUGGAAGAUGCUGGCUUUGGAGCGGAUCUUAUAGGCUCCGGGAAUGAUGGGAACAAAGUGCAUAUAAAAAUUGAAGGUAUCACUUCUCCGGAAGAUAUGACUGCAGUCAAGUGCUCUCUGGAAUCACUAGCUGGUGUCAAUCAUGUUGAGAUUGACAUGGAAGAAUGUAAGGUGGCUGUUAGCUAUGAUCCAGAUUUGACAGGUCCCAGGUCACUUAUAUUCUUCAUCCAAGAAGCUGGUGCUGGCUCUACUCAUUAUCAGGCAAGCUUAUACAUUCCAGAAAGACGACAUAAAAUAGAGAAAGAUCAUGAGAUCAAAACGUACAGAAGUCAGUUUCUUUGGAGCUGCCUAUUUUCACUUCCACUUUUGUUGUUCUCUAUGGUACUUCCAAUGAUUCCUCCAUAUGGGAAUUGGUUAAGCUAUAAACUUUAUAACAUGCUUACUGUUGGAAUGCUUUUGAGAUGGAUCCUCUGCACACCGGUGCAGUUCAUUAUUGGUAAAAGGUUUUAUGUUGGAUCAUAUCAUGCACUGAGGCGAAAAUCUGCUAAUAUGGAUGUCCUGGUUGCACUUGGCACUAAUGCUGCUUACUUUUAUUCUGUAUACACAGUAAUAAAAGCAUCGGUUUCAGAUGGAUUUGAGGGACAAGAUUUUUUUGAGACUAGUACAAUGUUGAUUUCAUUUAUUCUUCUAGGUAAAUAUUUGGAGUCUAUAGCUAAAGGAAAGACAUCCGAUGCUUUAGCAAAGUUGACAGAUCUUGCUCCCGACACAGCUUGCCUGUUGACAAUGGGUGAUGAUAAAAAUGUUAUUUCAGAGACCGAAAUUAGCACUCAAUUAAUACAAAGAAACGACAUUCUAAAGAUAUUUCCUGGCUCAAAAUUUCCUGUUGAUGGUAUUGUCAUUGAUGGGAAUGGAUAUGUGAAUGAAAGUAUGAUCACAGGAGAAGCAAUUCCAAUUGCUAAAAGUCCUGGUGACAAGGUUAUUGGUGGGACUGUGAAUGAGAAUGGAUGCUUGUUGAUCAAGGCCACUCAUAUUGGGUCAGAGACUGCACUUUCACAAAUAGUUCAAAUAGUUGAGGCUGCUCAACUUGCAAGAGCUCCUGUACAGAAACUUGCUGAUCGGAUAUCAAGGUUUUUUGUACCUGCGGUUGUUGCCGCUGCUGUGGUGACAUGGUUGGCAUGGUUUAUUCCUGGUGCAGCUGGACUUUAUCCUAAAAGUUGGAUUCCAGAGGCGAUGGAUGAGUUUGAGCUCGCACUACAGUUUGGAAUUUCGGUUUUAGUUGUAGCAUGCCCUUGUGCUCUUGGUCUAGCCACACCUACUGCAGUUAUGGUUUCCACUGGUAAGGGCGCUACAGAAGGUGUCCUGAUCAAGGGUGGAAAUGCACUAGAAAAAGCGCACAAGGUUAACACAAUUGUCUUCGAUAAAACGGGAACAUUGACUGUUGGAAAACCUGAAGUUGUCAGUGUCGUGCUUCUUUCUGAAAUUCCAAUGGAGGAGUUCUGUUACAUGGUAAUCGCUGUAGAGGCAAAUAGUGAACACCCCAUAGCAAAAGCCGUUGUGGAGCAUUCCAAGAACAGACUGCCUGAUCAUAAAUCUCAAAUUGGGAACGGUUCAGCGGUGAAGGACUUUGAGGUGCAUCCUGGAGCUGGGGUGGGGUGUAAAGUUGGAGACCGAACGGUCUUGGUUGGGAACAAGAAACUUAUGAGACUAUCUAAUGUUCCAGUUGACACUGAAGUCGAAAACUAUUUUUCAGAUAAUGAAAAACUGGCUCGCACCUGUGUACUGGUGGCCAUUGAUGGGAAGGUUGCUGGUGCUUUUGCAGUCACCGAUCCGGUGAAACCAGAGGCUGCACAGGUCAUAUCAUUUCUCCGCUCUAUGAGCAUCAACAGUAUUAUGGUAACAGGUGAUAACUGGUCAACCGCAACCGCCAUAGCAAAGGAGGUUGGAAUUGAAAAUGUGUUCGCGGAGAUUGAUCCUUUGGGAAAAGCAGACAGGAUUAAAGACUUGCAGGCGAGAGGAAAGAUAGUUGCAAUGGUGGGAGAUGGAAUAAACGACUCACCAGCGUUGGUUGCAGCCAACGUGGGGAUGGCGAUUGGUGCAGGAACUGAUGUCGCAAUCGAAGCUGCCGACAUAGUGCUUAUCAAAAGCAACUUAGAAGAUGUGAUCACAGCAAUUGAUCUCUCUAGAAAGACAAUUUCUCGUGUCCACCUUAACUAUGUGUGGGCCCUCGGUUACAACAUACUCGGCAUGCCGAUUGCAGCCGGAGCUCUAUUCCCGUUUACCGGAAUCCGGUUACCUCCUUGGUUGGCUGGAGCUCUCAUGGCUGCUUCUUCUAUCAGUGUGGUCUGUUCUUCACUCCUCUUGCAGACAUACAAGAAGCCCUUUACAUACUCAAAAUAAGAAAAGGUUUUUUUACUCUUAUAACUAAUUUAGCGAUUCUCGGUUGGGCUCAACACAAGGCGCUUGUGAAUUACGUUCACCGGACAUUAAGAAUUUACAAAAGGUACAGUUAACUAUAUAUGUUUGUUUUACAUUUUUUUUUCUUAUAGUUUUUGGUUGAAUAUGAAAACCAUGGCAGGCUAAAUGCAUCUCUCUGUAUUGCUAAAUGCAUCCCUAUCCAGUAAUCUUCCUCUCAAAUAUAUCAAUUCAAGAUUUAUUUUUUACAUUUUCAAUAUAUGAUUUGAUCUGAUUUUGAUAUAAAUAUAGAUGUAUAUAGCUAACACCGUAUGUCAAGAAUGUGCAAUGGAACAGGGAUAGGAACAAAUGUUCUUGUGGUCAUUUAUAUGUACUACUAUUUAUAGUCCCUCUAUGUUACAUCUAUUUUCAAGUAGUGAAGCAUGUAACA